AUGAUUACUGUUCCUCUUUCACCAAGAAAGAAAUUUUAUAGUGUUUGUGGUGAUUCUUAUAUUGCAUCUUCACAUGUAACUUGGUUGAAAAGACAAGGUAUAAAAAUUGUUCCUAUUCCUUACACAACGAAAAAUCCAAAAUACUACAUGUCAAAAGUAAAUGGAUUAUAUUUUCCAAGUGGGGGUGCAUUUGCAUUAAACUCAAAAGAAUACUAUAAAAUAUGUAAAGAAUUUGUAAGAUUGGCUAUGAAAGAAAAUGAUAAAGGAAAUUAUUUUCCAAUUUGGGGAGGUUGUAUGGGAAUGCAACAAUUGGUAAUUAUUGCGGACGAGCAAGAUAAUCUUGAUACUUUAUUAACACAAUUUGACUCUUUUAAUAAUUUGCUUUUGAAUCUUGAUAUUACAGAAAAUGGACGUAAAAGUAAAAUGUUUCGUAACGCAACACCUGAAUUUAUGAAAACAUUGGAAAUUGUUUCAACAAAUAAAGAUAGACAAGGUAAAACUUUUGUCUCUACUAUUGAAGGACGAUUUUACCCAUUUUAUGGAGUCCAAUGGCAUCCAGAAAGAGAUGAUACAAUGGAUUAUUUC